AUGUAUCUCAACCAUCUUUUCCAGCAAAUCGACGGAGACCAAACCCAACCCCCUCCUCUUCAGACUCCUGUCACUGCCUCCCACCCCCUUCCCGCCCAUCUCUCCCCCACCGUUCCGCCGGACUCGCACCCCAAACCCACAAACGACGAAGCCGAAUACGACGAAAACGAAAACGACGACGACGAUGACGACGACGACGACGACACCAAGCCCCAGCCCAUUGUCGGCAAGAAGCGCAAACAGGAGCUCCAUCGCAGGCACUCCAAGCGCUACAGAGACAACCUCGGCGAGCUCUUCCAGAACCUCGAGCAGCUUCUCCCAAAGGUCGUCCCAGGUUGCAAACUCAAAACGAAAAGCCAGAUCAUCGCAAAUAGCGUCCAGGCAGUCAAGAGACUCCGAACAGAGGUGUCCGCACUGGAAAUGCAGUUUGUUUUAUCAAGCCCGGCGAAUCGAACAAAGUGGGUCGAGGACACCGUUCAGGCCGCCACUUGCUUCCAGGCUGUUACUGAGCCUUUCAUGCGUCUUCUAGUAGGUAUCCAACGAUGGAAGCAUUCCGAGCUGUGGUGUCGCUACGAAGUCAAUUUGCUUCCGGAUGGCACUGACAGCGGUGCUCCCGUCAUCAACCCCACCAACACCGUCCACGACCUUGGCCCGUUGUCCUCGAAAAAGUUUUUCCUCAAGCUGGACAGAACCGUGUCUGUGCAUGACAUCACAGCUUCCACUGUUCCGGAAGCGUACAGGAUGUUUUCGAAAAUCUCUCACAUGGCCACCUUUGUCAAUGGUGAUGAUAGUAUAGUCGGCCGCACCGCGUCCAAGUUGUCGCCCGAGUGGAUCGACUUGAGAGAUCCCGAGGCUUGUCACGGGUUCAAGAGAGGAGAGGCGGCGAGACAGUGUGGGUUCACGACCUGCUUUGCACUCCCGUUUCUCGUCAGAGGACAUGUAUUCGCUUCCAUUCUUUUUUAUGAUGACCAACAGCGCUUUGAUGCCGGCCCAGAUAUUAAUAUUGCACAGGAUAUUGCAAGUUGUCUUGGAAAUUGUUAUGGCGCGUCGGCUGCUCAAAGUUCAGAUUAGCCUCCCCGCAGCGUAAAGAAAAUUUAUUGAA